AUGCCGCUGACGCAGCCCCUGUGCAGGCUUCGUCCUCUCCACUUAAGGGUCUCCCGUCUCAGCUCUCUAGCUGCCCAGCGGCGUAUACUCACAUCCGCUCCUUUUUUAAAAGACGCCUCUUCCUUUUUGUUCCAUUCCAGACCUCGUUCCGUCCCACAUCCCGCAACAUCUCUCGCGAUGACACAAACUAGGGGCCAUGGCGACCAUGGCCACAGCCACGGUCACGGUCACGGUCACCAUCAUCAUGACAAUACCUACCUCACCUCUACAAAUAAAAGUGACGCUGGUGUUCGCAUCACACGGAUUGGUCUCGUCGCCAAUUUGUGUAUGGCAAUUGGAAAGUUCAUUGGCGGCUAUGUCUUCCACUCUCAAUCCCUCAUCGCCGACGCCUACCACGCGCUCACUGAUCUCGUCUCCGACUUUUUGACCCUCGGGACCGUGGCCUGGUCUCUAAAACCUCCAAGCGAAAGAUUCCCCAACGGAUAUGGAAAGAUUGAGAGCAUUGGUGCGCUGGGUGUUAGUGGGCUCCUGCUUUGCGGCGGAGUGUUCAUGGGUCUCAAUGCGGGACAGAUCCUGCUAGCCCACGUCUACCCCGACCUGGCUGAAACAGUAGCUCACUCCGGGCUACUGGGACAUGGUCAUUCGCACAGUCACGGACCGGUUGGUCCUAGCAUCCAUGCCGCGUGGAUUGCGGCGGGCUCAAUCGUGGUCAAGGAGUGGCUCUACCGUGCCACUAUGAAGGUUGCCGAAGAGCGCAAGUCAUCCGUACUUGCAUCAAACGCCGUUCACCACCGCAUCGAUUCCUUAACGAGUAUUGUCGCUCUUUUCACAAUUGGAGGAAGCUACGUUUUCCAAGAUGCCACCUGGCUGGAUCCGGUUGGCGGAGUCCUCAUUUCCUUGAUGGUCAUCAAAGCUGGUUGGGGCAACACAUGCACUUCUCUUUUGGAGUUGGCAGAUACCACGGUAGAUGAGGAGGUCAAGCAUUCGGUGGAGGAUGCCACGUCCAAGGCCUUGAAGGAUGUGGAGGAUGGACACGAAGUGAUCGUUCGGGAUGUGCAGGGGAUGAAAUCCGGUCAGAACUACCUGAUGGAUAUCGAACUGGCUGUGCCAGGGGCCUGGGCCAUCAGUCGGUCGUACCACAUCGAGGAGGCCGUCCGCAAUGCCGUUGGAUCCGAGGUUCGGGGUGUGAAGCGAAUCAAGGUCCGCUUCAUCCCAGCAGAACACCAAGACCUCACGUUCUCCGAUGAGUUCGUGGCACAAGAUGUCGGUGGCGACCCCGAGACACGCCAGAGUGUCUCGCGGAAGCAGCAAUAA